AUGCCCCUCUUAUUACAAGACGAUGGUUCAUCAGUCGUCCCUAUCCUCAUCGACGGCCAAGCCACAGCCAUUGAUACAUCACGAAUUUUCAAAGUUCACAACGCAGCGACUGGGAAGGAACUUGAAUAUAGGGUCCAGGGAGCCGAUACAAUCAUCGCCGUACAAGCAUGCAACUCGGCAUACAAGGCUUUUCUACAUUGGAAGCAGACGUCUUUCGUGCGACGUCGAGACCUUCUCCUACGCGUAGCCGACAAUCUGGAACGCUCCGCCGAUGAAAUUACGCGGUAUCAAGUCGCAGAGACAUCGUGCCAGGAGACUUGGGCACGAUUCAAUAUCCGCCUCGGAUGUGAUGCGAUACGGGAGAUUGCGGCCAAUAUCUCUGGGGCAUGUACUGGUGAGCUACCUCCUACAGCCUCGGAUGUGAUCGCUAUGGUAUACAAGGAGCCCAUCGGCCCUGUAUUAGCCAUUUGUCCAUGGAAUGCCUGCGUCGUCCUGUCCUCGCGCGCUCUCGCAGCUCCACUUGGGGCAGGUUGUACCGUUGUCUUCAAGGCGUCAGAGCUAGCCCCACGCACGCAUCAGGCUGUUGUCGAGGCCUUCAUGAAAGCUGGCCUACCUGCCGGCUGUCUGAACCAGAUCCAAGCUCGACAGGAAGACGCGCCAUCUGUCACCGAGGCCCUCAUCUCCCACAAGGCCAUUCGUAAGGUGGAAUUCAUUGGUAGUGCGAGAGUAGGCAAGGUCAUCGGCCAACUUUCCUCGAAACAUCUCAAACCAGUCCUGAUGGAACUGGGCGGCAAAGCACCCUCCAUCAUUCUCAAAGAUGCCGAUCUGCAACGGGCAGCAAAGCUUUGCGCCCUGGGAGCUUUUCUACACCACGGCCAGAUUUGCAUGUCCACCGAACGUAUAAUUGUUGUGCGCGAUGUGGCCAACGAAUUCUGCACGUAUCUGAUCGAGGAGGUCAGCACUAACUACACGGACAGCGUAGGCUCUGCAGUAAGCACUGCCUUUGCGGAUCAUGCACAUCUUUUGCUGGAAGAAGCGAUGCAUGGUGGCGCAUCAUGUCUCGCGGGGUCCGUCGGCUAUAUGAAUGGCACAAAGGCCUCACUGAAGCCGGUUAUUCUCCAAGGCGUUUCGCCUCAAGACCGAAUUUUCGACGAAGAGACCUUUGGCCCUUCGGCCAGUUUGUAUGUGGUGGAAAACGAAGACGAAGCCAUUCGUCUUGCCAACCAGACAGAGUACGGCCUGAACGCCGCCGUUCAUAGCCAAGACAUGUUUACAGCGGUGAGAGUCGCAAGGCAACUAGACUUUGGACAAGUACACGUCGGUACCAUAACGGAAUACGAUGAAGCACACAUGCCUAUUGGGGGUGUCAAAGGCAGCGGGUGGGGAAGGAAUAACGGCAAGUAUGGUUUGAGGGAGUUCCUGGUGGAGAAAACGUUGACAUUGCACGAUCCGACCUCCAAGCUGAAAUUUGGAUGA